AUGGCCUCCACCGACAUCGCCGCUAAGAAGCACAUCUUUCCUUUCUUCCGUUUGCCAGGCGAGCUCCGCGACAACAUCUACGACUGCUGCGACGACUAUGAGCCAGACUAUGGAUACAUGCUCUUCGUCAUGAAGUUUUGCACUCACGUAUACGUGUGCCUGAAAGGCGGCUUCGUGACAGAUCUUCUUCUCAUCAACAAGCAGUUCACUGCCGAGUAUCGAAGCCACAAGCAGCGACAUAGGUACCUAAGUAUCUCUAAGCGACCUUGUCUCGCCAGGGGUGAUCUUUUCCAUGUCAUGGACGAGGAGCGCCUUCCUCGCCUUGCGCAAAAUAUUGCAAGGGUCGAGUUCAGCAUCGAUGCGUAUGCCGGUCAGCUAGCCGAGGAUACGGACGAGGAAUGGGCCUGGAUACAGCAUAUGCUAGAGAAGAUGCUGCCGAAGAUCCAAGUGGGUCAGAUCACCGUCCGGGCACACAUGAAUAACUGCAUUAACAAUCACACCCCUGAAACUCUGGAGCAAUUGUGGAGCAAGGAUGGCAAGGACGGCAAGGAUGCCUUGGAAGUGUUCACCAGUACCGGAGUCGCGUCGGUAAAGGUCUGCUCGUUCUUCGAUCAGAGCUACACAGGAUUCGGCUGUCCGAGGAAUGUCGUGUGGAAGGAGAUUGGUAGUUGA